AUGUUUACUACCGAAAAUUUGGCCUUGCGUUUAAGACGCGCCAUGAUUCAUCGGAUGGUAGUGAUCGGAUGUUACCUAAUGGAGAAAGCAAAGGAAGUAGUUCAAGAAACAAAUUCUUCAUCCACUGGUUUGCAUACUUCUGAUUCAGUCUCAUUAUGGUUUCCACGAUCUUAUCGGAUCGCCUGUUGUCAAGGUGGUUAUCCAAUUGCUGAUAACCGUCAGUUAAUAAUAAAUUUCACUGAAGAUGUGGAUUAUUCAAGUGAUUCGAGCGAUGAAAACUUUAACAAAUACGAGGACGGGAAUGCUCAGUUAAACUGCAAAAUAUUUCGGGGCACUUAUCUUAUUUCUACGUCUUCAAUUUUCUUUAAACAGGGUCCUGUUGGAAUCAAAUGUAAGUGUCCAGAAUCCCUUAGAGGAGCCCUUCUGGAUAAAAAUUGUCGUUCUAUUGCUCCAUGUAGAAAUAAUGGGUACCGUUCAUUUAAUUCGGAUUCUCGAUGUUCUUGUCCAGAGCCAUAUUUUGGUGAUUAUUGUGAAAAAUUCUGUGAUCAAGGGCAACGUUUGAGAGGAACCCAUGGUAAAAAUAUUUGUUCAUGUGUGCCAUUUUAUCAAGGUGAAGAAUGUAGCAAUAUUGUUUGCCUGAAUGGUGGAAAAGAAAUGGGACGUCGUUGUGCUUGUCCACCAAAUUUCCAUGGUUUCCACUGCGAAGACAUGAUUCAAGGCGAAUUAUUGACAAGGGAUGUCUCAGGCACCAUAUUCAGUUUAAUCAUGAUUAUUGUUCUUAUCAUUUCGAUGUAUUUGUUGAUGAAACAUCGAAUGCAGAUUCAAGUACAGAGCCGCUUUGCAACAAUGCGACGCGAUCCAAUGAUUCGCACGGCAUUUAGUUUGGCUUCACGAAGAGGCGAUUUUAUUGUUCAUGAAGGUGCAAGAGUAGUACCGCUUCGUAUAGUGCCUAAUAGCGGACCACCACCGUAUACCACUCAGUCCAGGCUAGGGCGCAGUCGCCAUAAUAUUCAUCUGCCACCACUUCCAAGCUAUGAAGAUGCCACCAAAUUACCACCGUUACCUCGACAGUCAACACUAGAGAUGGAGAGUCCACCAAGUUCAUCAAGGGACCAAUUUUCAACAAACAUAUCGCUAGUAGAAAAUCUAGUCGACGAAGAAGCGCGACAAUCAAUAUCAGUGUCUGAAGAAACUGGUCACACUCCUAUUUUCACUCCAAGCAGGCUAAAAUUUAAUCGCACAAUAAGGAAUAGAAGUAUUUGA